UGGUUUUACCAGUCAGAAAGAGCAUAUGUCAGCCAAGCCUGCUACUGAACAGAGCAACAGCACAGUACAGUGUGUCACCUCAGCCUUUAUUGUUUUUUUCUGUUUAAAAGCUGAAGGCAGUUUAAUUCAUUAAAACAAAAAAAACAAAAAAUGGACAGUGCGUUUGAUAACCUGGAUGCAGCUGGUUUCCUGGAUAUCUGGCAACACUUUGAUGCAGAUGAUAAUGGCUACAUUGAGGGCAAAGAGCUUGAUGAGUUUUUCCGUCACAUGAUGAAAAAACUGCGUCCACAGGAGAAAGUGACUGACGAGCAAGUUCAGACACUGAAGAAGAGGUUUAUGUCAGCCUACGACGUCACUGCUGAUGGGAAACUACAGAUUGAGGAGUUGGCCAAUAUGAUCCUCCCUGAAGACGAGAACUUCCUGUUAAUUUUCCGCAGAGAGGCUCCUCUGGACAGCAGCGUUGAAUUCAUGAAGAUAUGGAGGAAAUACGAUGUUGACUGCAGUGGCUACAUAUCAGCUCAGGAGCUCAAGGCUUUCCUGAGAGACCUGUUCCAGCAGCACCGCAAGGAAGUGUCAUCCGAGAAGCUGGAGAAGUACACUGACGCAAUGAUGAAAAUCUUUGACAAAAACAAGGAUGGACGUUUGGAUUUAAAUGACCUGGCCAGGAUCUUGGCUUUAGAAGAGAAUUUCCUGCUCCAGUUCCAGUUGGAUGCCGGCAGUAAAGAGGAGAGAAAGAGAGAUUUCGAGAAGAUCUUUAACCAUUAUGACGUUAGUAAGACAGGAGCACUGGAGGGCCCUGAAGUGGACGGCUUUGUCAAAGACAUGAUGGAGCUAGUCAGACCCAGUAUCACCGGUUCUGAGCUGGAUAAGCUGCGAGCCGUUCUGCUGCAUCACUGUGACGUCAACAAGGACGGAAAGAUCCAGAGAAAUGAGCUCGCACUGUGUCUGGGAGUCAAGAGUAACCUCAGUUAAAGACGUGAUACGUGUUGUGUUGUGUAGUGAACGAUGGAAGAAUUCCGUAAAUUUGAUCCGGAUCAGUCUAAGGUUAUUUAAGGUCAAUAUUCAUAAGGUGUCAUUUGAUCACGAAGAUGGUAAAAAAAACAAAAACAAAUAAAUGAAUAACGUGUUAUAUGGUUUGAAAUUGUGCAUUCUUCAAGAAAUAAGAGAAACUAAUUAGAUGUGAAUGUUUUGUAGACACAAAUGACGCCUGGUGUUUGCGAGUGGUUUAAUCAGUUUGUGAGUCGGUGGACUGUUGAGGACAUAAAUAAAGUUCAAGAGAAAUGA